AUGCUGCUGCUUCUUCAUGUGCUGAUGCUGUCGCUUCUCUCCGGUGGUUCAGCCAGAGUUGUGUGGGAUUUUGAGAGUGAAUGUCGCCAAUUUUUUGCAAAUGGAAGUUCACCUACAAGAUUUCCUGGACUACAGUACAGACAGAUCUGCCAAAUGCGAAAGGAUGUUGAUUAUUAUGCCACAUUUUAUGACACCGUGAACAAGAUCCCUGUGUACUCAGCCUACAAGUUUGAAGGGAUAAUGCACUGUAAAAGACGAGCUAGUUGGUACAUUGAACCUAAAAUUGAUGAUAAUAAUGGAGGACCAAACAUGGCAUCUGAGGGGUCUGUGGAUAUUCAAGUACGUGGAGACCGUCAAGCUCUUAAUAGAGACUAUUACCGCUCUGGAUACCACAAAGGUCAUCUGGCACCAGUCUACCUGGCAAACUCACAGAGCUGUGCUUAUGCCACCUUCACUCUCACCAAUGCUGCUCCACAAGCUGAUCAUUUUAACAGUGUUUUAUGGUGGGAUGUAGAAAAAUCGAUGGCACAAUAUCUGAAAUGGGGAUGUAAUUUACAACCAGUAUACAUUGUGACAGGGGUGGUACCAGGCACUAAUUACAUAAACAAUAGAGUGAAUAUUCCCAGUCAUUUCUGGACUGCAUACUGCUGCUUCGACCAGAAUAACAGAUGUUCAGACUCAUGGGGAGCCAUUGGAACCAAUGACAAUAACUCCAAUAUUGAGGAAAUGAGUGUGUCUUAUUUAGAGGAAGAGUUGGAAAACCUUUAUGGAAGAACAUUUCAGUUGUUUCAAUAA